AUGAUCAAUGAUAAUUGGAGACUAACUGAUGGUUAUCAUCCAACUUCUAUUGAUUAUGAUCAUACAUUAAAUACAAGUGCAGGUCAUUAUAUAUUUUAUCAAUCAUUAAUAAUAGAUCCACAAUUUAAAUAUAGUGAAAUAAAAGCUGGUAAACCUACAGAAAUAGGAGAUAAUCCACCAAAUUAUGAUUUUACUUAUGGUAAUCAAUCUGGUGAUUAUGCAUAG